AUGCCUAAGUUAGUUUUGGUCAGACACGGCCAGAGUGAGUGGAACGAAAAGAACCUUUUCACCGGAUGGGUGGAUGUGCCUCUCUCCGAGGUCGGCAGAAAGGAAGCCGUCCGUGGUGGUGAGCUUUUGAAAGAAGCCGGUAUCGUUGCCGACAUCUUGUACACCUCCAAGUUGAAGAGAGCCAUCCAGACCGCCAACUUGGCCUUGGAGGCGGCCGACCAGUUGUACAUUCCAGUCAAGAGAUCCUGGAGAUUGAACGAGAGACACUACGGUGCUCUUCAGGGCAAGGACAAGGCCCAGACUUUGGAGAAGUACGGCCAGGAGAAGUUCCAGACCUGGAGACGUUCUUUCGACGUGCCACCUCCAGUGAUUGAGGACUCCUCCGAGUUCUCCCAGGCUGGUGACAUCCGUUACCGCGACAUUGACCCUGCUGUCGUGCCAAAGACCGAGUCGUUGAAGUUGGUCAUUGACCGUUUGUUGCCUUUCUACCAGGACGAGAUCGCCGGCGACUUGUUGGCCGGUAAGACCGUGCUCAUUGCUGCCCACGGUAACUCCUUGCGUGGUCUUGUCAAGCACUUGGACAACAUCUCUGACAACGAGAUUGCCGGUUUGAACAUCCCAACCGGUAUCCCAUUGGUCUACGAGUUGGACGAGAAGUUGGUUCCUACCAAGCCUGCCUACUACUUGGACCCCGAGGCUGCUGCUGCCGGUGCUGCCGCCGUUGCCGCCCAGGGUUCUAAGAAGUAA